CCUCCAGAUCUUCAAUUCACACUGUCUCAUCUGAUGAAAGCAAAUCCUCUGUAUGCGGUUUACAAGCCAUUCCCCAAACGCAUCAGCAACAUGAGCAGUUCCCAGUGAUUGAUCCAGCAACAUGUCAAUCACCCUCUCAGCCCCCACAGGUUAGCCGUCACUCUGGUGCAGUUCCGGCUGCCAGCCCUCCUUUCCCUAAUUCAACAAUAUUGGAUGCUGCAGUUCCUUCAAGUGGUUUGCCUAGACCAGUUUUUCCUACACCAGAUGAGACUCCUUUUAAUUUCCUGGCCACACCACUGCAAGGUCCCAACCAGAUUUCAUGUGUUCAACCUGCUGUUCCUCUAGAUGAAGACCCCGCUCAACCUCUCGUUUGCAUUCCAGAACCAAGGCAGCACCCUCCUGUAAAGCUGCAACCAGCUACAUCUGAUGGUUUGCAUGCACAAAAACCUUUGGUACCUGUUACUGCUAGCUCGGGUCACUCCUCUAGCAUUAGAACACAUGUAUAUAAGCUUGAGGGUCCUUCUUUCCCAGACCUUACCAGUGAAGAUGAAAUCCAGUAUAGGCUGUUACGAAUGGCCCUUACUAACCUUCUUGACCCUCAUGAGACAGAGCAGGUGAUGGUCGGACUCUGGAUAACUUUGCUCUUCGUGUGCAAGCUUUAGUUGGUUUGCUUAGCACUAUGGGUAAUCAAGGACGGACAGAACUAAAUUGUGGCUCCCAUGUCGAUCGCCUACUUGAAAAGUUGCCCGCAGAGCAUUCCAGUCGCUUCAAACGGCACAUUUACAGGGAACAAGGAGAUAUGAUGUAUGACUUACCUUUGUUCUCGUCCUGGUUGCAAAUGGAAUGCAAGUGUCAACCAAGAAAGGACAGUCGUGUUUCAUCCUUUAACCAGCCACGACCUGCCCAUAAGUACACCUCUCCACUCACAACAAUAUUACAUGGGACAAAUCCAUCCGAUCCUGUACAGGCAGCACAACCCAUCAUAAUGACUAAGGCAAGAUGUGCAUAUUGCUGCUCACCUGAACACCACAUUAGCAAGUGCCCUGAGUUCAUUAACAAGACAAAGGAAGAGAAAAUAAACUGGAUAAAGAGAAACAAACGGUGUUGGCGUUGUGCUAGAACUCAUCAGGCUGCAAAGUGCGAUCUGAGAAAAGACUGUGCUACCUGCAUGAGAAGACAUCUACAGAUCCUGUGUGAGGUGAAUCAGAGACCUAGAACUGAAGUUAAUCCUGUAGUGAGGACACUGUACUUUGAUAAACCUAGUGACUGUCCUAGUGUACUAUUAAAAGUUGUGAAAGUGCUCCUGCAUAAUGGCAAAAGAACCCUGGAAACAUAUGCCGUACUUGAUGAUGGCUCCCAACGUACCAUGCUUCUGACAUCAGCAGCUCAGCAUCUCUACCUAACUGGGAAAGCUGAAAAAUUAUCACUCAGAACUGUCCAUCAAGAAGUUGAAACUAUUCAAGGUUCUUCUGUAAGUUUCCAAAUUUCUCCCAUCGCACAUCCAGAGAAAACUUACACAGUUAAUAAUGCCUUCGCUACAAAUCACUUAGCACUUUCAGACCACACCUACCCCGUAUCCUCUCUCCAACGGAGAUACAAGCAUCUCCAAGGUAUCCCAUUACCCUUUAUUAACAAAGCAGCUCCACUACUGCUCAUAGGCUCUGAUCAUACCCACCUUAUUAUACCUGUUGCACCAGUUAGACAUGGACCAUUUGGAUCUCCUUCAGCAGUCAAAACCCGAUUAGGAUGGACACUCCAAGGUCCGAUCACAGACUUCCAACCCCAGAGCAGUUCCGCACAUGCCCAAUGUUUGUUCACAUCUUCCAGUUAAGGUUCAGAAGAACCGCUCCAGCACAUCCUCGUGUCCGUUGAUGGCUCUGAAUUCAUUCAGCCACCUCCUUACUCUACCAUCAGCAGUACCUACGUCGUCACCGGCAGUGCCGCUAUCACCAGUUCCACCGCCUGUGGCUGCCAUUCCGCCAGUGGUCAGGGCACCGCCUGCUCCUGCAUCACCUGGUCCUGCCCCUGCCAAGUCCCGUAAAUUGCCCCCAGCACCUGCAAAACUGCCCGACGGUCUGCAGGUCUGGGCCUGCAGCUGCAUCCCACGCGGUUGGCAUUUGGACCUGCUUUGCCACCACCGCUGGCUACAUGGUCAGCCCCCUGAACUGUCUGGCCUGCGUUGUCGACCUCCAGGUCGACCCCCAAACCUAUAUUAGACCUGUAGCAUGUCUGAUUCCUCUGCCCCCGCUUCGUGAAAAAGAGCAUCUCUAAUCAUUUGAACAUAUUUCUCAGUAGAAAUAUGGGGGCGGCUGUUGUAAAGGCUCACCUUUCAGCACAUUCACUUCACCAGAUGCACCUUGUUUCUUUUCCUCACCUUUGAUUGGGGGUGGUGCUUGGCCUUAAUUGCACUCAUCUGUCACUCGUUAUAUAAGGACUGCACUCACCUACCCCUCACUCUUUCUUCACUCCCACAUGGGGCGGCAGCUGAGAGAUAACAGUCCAUGUGUGUCUUUCCUUUCUUUACCCAUUAUUCAAUAAAACGACAAAACCUGUAAAUGACUGACCGCUUAUUCUCAUUCUAAUCGGAUGAGCCCAUGAUGAUGACUACUUAAACCCUGAACCUUCCU